GCCCGGGUGCCGAGGAGGCAGCAAGCGGCCGAGGUACGGCGCGGCUGGGGGGUCCACAGAUGGAGGUAGAGAAACCCCCAGUGGCAGCCGAGACGCCGACGCUGCUGAAGACCUACAAAUGGCGAACGGCAGCACCCCUGGGUGACCGGGAACCUGAGCGGGGCACGGGGUCCCCAGGCAGCCGGCGCUGGACCCGGCUGCAGGGCUGGAAGCGUUCCUACAGCCAACCCGAAUCUGACGGCCCCGAUGAUGGAGCUGGAAAGGGAGCACCCAAAGCCAGCACCCGCCGGUCCCUCUUCCAGCGGGCUUUCUCGGCCCCCUCCAAGGUGGCCAAGGAGCCACGGAGCCCCGAAGGUGGCAAGGCCACCCUGCAGAAGUAUUUGCGCUCCAUGUCCAAGAGAAAGGGCCAUGGGGAGAGCGGUGCCAGGGCUGAGCGGGCGCACCGCAUUGUGCUGCCAACCCCAGAGAGCACCCACGGCACACCAACAAUCCCGCUGGCUCCGGCACUCGAUGUGCCAGUGUGGGACGUCUCCAACUUCUCACUGGUGGAUGGACAGCUGAUCCACGUGGGCAGGGAUGAGGAGGCUUCGUGGAGGAGCAGGAACCGGACCGGGAGCUCCAUCUCCGAGAGCACCAGCCUGCACCCAGGGGGUGGCAGGAGGGACACCGAUCCGGCCGCGGAGGAGAGAAACACACGGGCAGCAGGGAAAGGCACUGACAGCGAUGCUUCGGCCACCUCCCAGUUCAGCAAUGUCAAGGGCCUGCUGUGGAAGCGGCUCCGGGAUCGGAAAGGGCGCGCAGUGCCCAAAACCGAGAUGAUGGCAGUGGCUGAUGGCGAGAGAACCCCGAGCCAGAGUGGUUCGCACGAGUCCCUGCUGCCACCACCGAGUGCUGCCGAGCUGGACCUCACCGGGGACAAUGUCAUCAUCCGGCCUGUGCAUGGCAGCAUCGUGGGCGAGAAGUUCUGCUUCCAGAUCAUCACUGGUGAGGGCAGCCGGUCCUUUGGCUGCACUUCCUUGGCCGAGCGUGACCGCUGGAUCGAGAACCUGCGCCGGACCGUGCAGCCCAACAAGGACAACUGCGAGCGGCUGGAGCUGGCGCUGAGCCUGUGGGUGUACGAGGCGCGGGACCUGCCACCCCGGCGCCGCCUCCGCUGCCACCUCCACCUGGAUGGUGUGCUCUUCGCCCGCACCACCGCUAAGGUGGCCGGUCCCGAUGGCGAGCUCUUCUGGGGCGAGCUCUUCCAGCUGGCCGCCCUGCCGCCCGCCCGCGCCCUCACCCUCGCCCUCUGCCGCGAUGACCAGGGCCACCCCUGCCAGACGGUGGCAUCUGUCACCGUCCCCUUGGCAGAGCUGGCAGCUGCCCGGCAGCCCCUGGAGCGCUGGUACCCACUGAGCGGCCAUAGCAGCGGUGAACGGGCGCCAUCGGUGCGGGUACGUGGGCGGUACCGGGAGGUGCGGGUGCUGCCCAUCGUACGCUACAAGGAGUUGGCCGAAUUCAUCACCUUCCACUACCGGGAGCUGUGUGCCCACCUGGAGCCCACCAUUGCCGUGAGGCACAAGGAAGAGCUGGCCGGCGCCUUGGUCCAUGUCUUGCAGAGCACCGGGAAAGCCAAGGUAGAGCAAGUGAUGACCGAGGUGUGGUGGACGUGGAUGGGAAAUGCAGUUCGAGGGGAUUUCAGGAGAUCCAGGCACUGCCCGGGCUGGGGUUGCCAAGUCACGUUGGGCCCAUGGGUUGAACCCCUUGACAUGGCCACCCCACAGGCGUUCCUCGUUGACCUUGGCGUGGCUGAGCUGGACCGCUUUGAUGACCGGGAGGCGCUGAUCUUCCGUGAGAACACGCUGGCCACCAAGGCCAUUGAUGAAUACAUGAAACUCGUGGGGGGCAAGUACCUCCAGGACACGCUGGGUGAGGCCUUGGCCCAACUCUGCACCUCGGACGAUAGCUGUGAGGUCGAUCCCAGCAAAUGCGCUGGCCCCGACCUCUCCGACAACCAGAACAACCUGCGGCAGGUCUGUGAGGAGACCUUCCAGCGCAUCGCCACGUCCUGCGAAGCCUUCCCAGCAGAGCUGGGCGAGAUCUUCGCAGCAUGGCAGGAGGAGUGUGCAGCGCGGGGCAAGGUGGCCAUCGGGCAGCGUCUGGUCUCGGCCUCCCUCUUCCUACGGUUCCUCUGCCCCGCCAUCAUGUCCCCCAGUCUCUUUGGCCUCGUCCAGGAGUACCCGAGUGAGGCCACCGCCCGCACCCUCACCCUUGUGGCCAAGGUCAUCCAGAACCUGGCCAACUUCACCACGUUUGGCGAGAAGGAGGCCUACAUGGGCUUCAUGAACGAGUUCCUGGAGCACAACUGGAGCACCAUGACGGCCUUCCUGCAGAGUGUGGCCAACCCUGAGAGCAGCGUCCACAUGGCCACCUAUGAUGGCUAUGUGGACCUGGCCCUGGAGCUUGCCACCCUCCACCUCCUGCUCUGUGACAUCUUCUCCAGCCUGGACCAGGCCACACAGGAGGAGCUGGAGCCCCUGCCCACCAUCCUCAAUGCCAUCAGGGAGGGCACCCCUGUCCCCGUCUCCGUCCGGCUCAGCUCCACCACGGAGCGAAGCCUGGCAGAGAGCCACAAGCCGGGCUUCGUACCGCCGCGGGACCUGAGCAAGCACAGCCCCCUCAUCAAGAGCCAGUCGCUCAUCAGCAUCCGCCGCGUCCGCAGCCGCGAGGACGGGACUGAAGUGGAGCCAGCACGGGCGCCAUCCCCGCGUCCCAGCCGGGAGCGGAGGAACGUGCAGCGCACCCAGAGCGUGCCGGCACAGAACAAAGCUGGCCGCCGCGUGCGCAAGCAGAGCAGUGCCGAGCACGUGGCAGAGCCGCAAGGCGAGGACACCCCAGGGUCCUCUGGCCCUCGCGAUGCCACGGGACGCUCAAAGCUGCGCUCGUCAGUGUCACUGCCACGUAAAUCCACGGUGCCGUGGCAGCGCUAUGCUGAGGAGGCGGCGGCGGCCCAGGGCGAGCUCUACGCCAUCUGUCCCCUGGAAAAGCACGGGCGGCUGAUCGAGGCACUGGGGAAGGAGGUGGCGGAGAGCCGGGAGAAGCUGCGGCUGGCAGAGGUGCGGGCAGGCGAGCUGGAGGCUCAGCACCGCGGGCUGCGGCACGAGCAGGGCCAGCACCGCGAGCAGCUCGAGCGGCUCCACCAGCAGCUGGAGGAGGCCAACGCGCGCUUGGCCAACCUGGGCGCCAGAUUGACAGCGGCUGAAGGCACGCGGAAGAAGGACCUGGAGAGGCUGAAGGCCAGCGAGGAGAAGGGCAGAGCGCUGGAGAGCCGGCUGUUGGCGCUGGAGCGGGAGAAUGCCGAGCUGCGGGGUGCCAUCGCCCAGGUCCUGGGCCACCCGGGCAGGACGGGAUGCCGGCCCCCAGGGACACAGAGCUGGGACGAAGGCGGUGAAGACGCCCAGGCCACCAGCGUGUAAAUGGCGCCUGGGGCCACUGUUUGCAAAGGCUGUUUGACCCUGAUCUCAGCGGGUUUCCUGUCCCCAGAGAAUAAACAGCGUUGGCAUUGCCGUGACAAGGC